AUGGCCUCUAUUCGCGUUCUUUCCUUCGAUGCUGAGGGCCGUCCCGUGCAGUUCACUUCCUGGCUCGAUGACCUGCAGUUGUAUCUUAUGAGCAAUAGCACGGACCACAUCUCCCUCUAUGACUACGCGUCUGGUGCUGCCGCUGCUCCUGCUGCCACAGCCGAGCUUAGUGUACGUUCACAGUGGCAGACUCGUGACGCUGCAGCUCGCCUGGCUAUUCGCAGUCACCUGCCGUUAGCUGAGCUAGAGCACUUUGGCGACUGCAAAACCGCUAAGGCCCUAUAUGACGCUGUCGUUGCUCGCUACUCCUCACCUGCCACAGCCGAGCUUAGCCGUCUCAUGCUGCCUUACCUGUUCCCUGACCUGUCCACCUUUGCUACAGUCGCCGAUCUUAUCACCCACCUUCGCACUAGUGAUGCUCGCCUGCGUGCCGCCCUUCCCACCGAGUUCUGCGCUAAGAACCCCCCUCCCCUGUACUGGACACUCCACUUCAUAGUCACCCGUCUCCCUGACACCCUCAGCUCAGUGCGCGACUAUUUCCUUGCUCGCUGUCCCACUGAGCUCACUGUCGCCCUCCUAGAGGAGAAGCUGCUAGCAGCCGAGAAGAGCAUUGUGGCUGUUGGUGCUGCUCGCGGCGCUCCUCGCACCCCCAUCUUUGAGGGGUGCUCUCCCUCUCCCCUCGCUCCCUCCUAUGCUACUGCUGCUGCUGUUGACUUCCUUGGUGCUGAGUCUGCUGGCGCUGCUUCUGCUCCUGGUGGGAGGCGCCGCACCGGCAAGGGCAAGGGGGGCAAGGGUGGCGGGGGUGGCGCUGGGGGGGGAGGGGGUGGGGGAGGUGGGGGGGGAGGCGGUGCUGGAGGGAGCGGUGGCGGGAGUGCCGGUGGGAGUGGGGCCGGCGGCGGAGGCGGGGGCGGCGGCGGGAGCAGUGGCGGUGGUGGCAGCGGCGGCGGUGGCGGCGGUGGCGGUAGUGGCGGUGGCGGUGGCGGUGGUGGCGGUCGGAGCGGAGGUAGUGGCGGCGGUGGAGGUCGGAGUGGAGGCACCGGCUCGGGCCAGAGCUCCCAGCAGCAGCAGCGUCCCCAGUCGACCCAGCAGCUUCGUGAGUGGCUUGCUCAGCGUGGGACGUCGGGGGGCAGUGGCCGCUGUUCCUAUGUCAUUCGCACAGGUGAUCGCAAGGGGCAGACGUGUGGAAAGUUCCACACUCAGUACCGCUGCUUCUUCCGCCUUGACGACGCUUGGCGUGAGGAGAUGGGCGAGGAUGUUGAGCGCCCUCGCUGGGCUGAGCUGAUGAGGGCUGGUGUUGAUAUCUUUGCUCUUGACUAUGAUGCUAUUAUUGCUGCCAUGUAUGCAUUGACUGUUAGUGCCGAGGGAGACUGUUACUUGUGUGUGCCGCCUGACCCAGGUAUAGAGCCCGCUGCCCUAGGUGCUAGUGAGUCUGCUCUCUCUGGUAUGGUGCCCCCUGUACCUGCUCCCUCCAGUGCUGUCCCGGCUGUUUGCGAGUCUGCUCUCUCAGGUACAGCACCCACAGAGACUGCUCUCUCAGGUACCGCACCGGCUGAGGCCUGUCACACCUUCACCCUUGACUCAGGUGCUUCCCGCUGUUUCUUUCGUGACAGUACUGAGCUCACACCGCUUCCUGCACCGGUCCCAGUCUCCUUGGCUGACCCCUCUAGGGGCCCAGUCCUUGCACAGUCCACCACUGUGCUCCCUUGUCCGGCGGUUCCGUCUGGCUCGUUGACGGGUUUCCACCUCCCCUCGUUCUCGACGAACCUGGUGAGCAACGCUGUCAUCCAGGAUCAGUGGGUUGACACCUUUACCCCUGGAGGACAGCGUGUGGCGAUCUGCACGUGCUCCAGGACCGGCCGUCACCUGGCUACGUUUACCCGUCGGCCGGGGUCGAGUCUCUACACACUGACCACUGCGUCUCCUCAGGUCGCUGCUGUCGGUCAGGUGUCUGCGUCAGGUCUGGUGGCCCACGCCUGUGAGUGUCGUUCCCUGUCGCACCAGACUCUUCUCUGGCACCACCGCCUGGGUCACCCCUCCUUGCCACGCCUUCGUGGCAUGCACCGUCGCCACCUUGUGUCUGGUCUUCCCAGGUCCCUCCCUCCCCUCCCUGCCUCGCCUGCGCCGCCUUGCCUUCCUUGUGUCGAGGGGCGGCAGCGCGUCGCUCCUCACUCCUCCUCGUUCCCCCCGACAGAGGCUCCUCUGCAGACCCUCCACCUGGACGUGUGGGGCCCAGCCCGCGUUCGUGGUCAGGGCGGUGAGCGGUAUUUUUUGCUGGUUGUCGACGACUACUCGCGUUACACCACGGUCUUCCCCUUGCGCACCAAGGGUGAGGUCCCUGCUGUUCUGAUCCCUUGGAUCCGCACAGUUCGUCUCCAGCUCCGCCGCCGUUUCCGGACGGAUCUUCCUGUCCUGCGUCUGCACUCUGACAGAGGUGGUGAGUUCUCCUCCGAUCUCUUGAGGACCUUCUGUCAGGCGGAGGGCAUCGAGCAGACCUUCACGCUUCCGGACUCCCCACAGCAGAAUGGGGUUGCUGAGCGCCGCAUUGGCCUGGUCAUGGAGGUCGCUCGUACCUCCUUGGUCCACGCGGCGGCUCCCCAUUUUCUGUGGCCGUUUGCUGUCCGGUACGCCGCGCAUCAGCUCAACCUCUGGCCCCGUGUCUCCUUGCCGGAGACCUCGCCCACACUGCGUUGGACGGGGGAGGUUGGCGAUGCGUCGCGCUUCCGGGUGUGGGGUGCUCGUGCCCUUGUCCGCGAUACGUCCGCGGACAAGCUCUCCUCCCGCACGCUUCCCUGUGUCUUCCUUGGCUUUGUCCCUGACGCGCCUGGCUGGCAGUUUUACCACCCCACCUCGCGCCGGGUCUUCGCCUCUCAGGAUGUCACCUUUGACGAGUCGGUGUCUCUCAGGUAG